AUGAGCGACAGCGCCAACUCCCGUCAGCCGGAAUACAAAACGCUAUCGGGGCUGGAGGUCAGACCGGUCUACGGACCAGAAGCAGCCGCGGGCUUUGACUUCGACCGCGACCUUGGCCGCCCGGGCGAGUUUCCCUUCACCCGCGGGCCCUACCCCGACAUGUACCGCGGCCGGCUUUGGACUCGCCGACAGAUCGCCGGGUUCGGAACGGCGCAGGCAACCAAUGAGCGUUACCGGUUUCUGUUGGAGCACGGUCAGACGGGCAUCAGCACCGACUUCGACCACCCAACGCUGACAGGCUACGACUCGGACCACGAGUUGGCGGAGGGCGAGGUCGGACGCCUUGGCGUCGCCAUCGACACAGUCCGCGAUAUGAACGACUUGUUCCACCAGAUCCCACUGGAUCAGGUGAGUGUAUCGCUGACGAUCAACCACCCGUCCAUAGUCCUGCUCAGCAUGUUCCUGGCCGUUGCGCAGGGCCGCGGCGUCGACUUGGCUGCCCUCCGGGGAACAGUGCAGAACGAUUCCCUCAAGGAGUUCCACGGCCAGAAGACCUUUGCCCUUGGACCCGAACCAUCGCUGAAACUCACCACGGACAUAGUCGAGUUCUGCACCGAACACGUACCAAACUGGUACACCAUCUCCAUCUCCGGCUACCACACCCGCGAAAGCGGCUCCGACGCUGUACAGGAGUUGGCCUUCACCAUCGCCCAGGGCAUGGCCUACGUGGAGUCUGCCCUCGCCCGCAACAUGCCCGUUGACAGCUUCGCGCCCCGGCUGUCCUUCUUUUUCGGCGUACACAACGACAUAUUCGAGGAAAUCGCCAAGUUCCGGGCCGCCCGGCGGAUGUGGGCGAGGGUGAUGAAGGAGCGCUACGGCGCCACGCGCCCGGAGUCCAUGCGCAUGCGGUUCCACACGCAGACCCUCGGCUCGACCCUGAUGCGUCAGGACGCCCAGAACAACAUCGCGCGCGGAACCCUGCAGGCGCUCGCCGCCGUGUUGGGCGGCACGCAGUCCUUGCACGUCAGCGGCUAUGACGAGGCCUACGACAUUCCUUCCGAAGACGCCAUGCGUAUGUCGCUGGCAACUCAGCUGAUCAUCGCCCACGAGUCCGGCGCAGCCGCCACCGCCGAUCCUCUCGGCGGAUCGCUGUUCGUGGAGUCGCUGACCAACGAAGUCGAGAACGCCGCCUUGGAAUACAUCGGCCGCAUCGACGAGAUGGGCUCCGGCUCAAUGCACCACGGCAUCCUUCAAGCCAUCAGCUCCGGCUACAUCGAACGCGAAAUCGCCCGCUCCGCAUACGAGUAUCAGCAACGAAUCGAGUCCGGACAGCAGGUCAUCGUGGGCCUAAACCAGUACCAGUCGGAGACCCAGCAAAAGCUCGAACUGUUCCAAUUCGACCCAGAAGAGGAGGAAUGGCAGAAGAGCCGUCUCGCAGAGGCGCGCAGCGGCCGAAGCUCAACUGAAGUGCGCAGCGCCCUGUCCUCAUUGAAGCAGGCCGCCAAGGACGAUGCAAACCUGAUGCCUGCAACCCUGCAAGCCGUAACCGCCCUCGCCACCGAAGGCGAAAUCCUCGACACCCUCCGAGACGUCUACGGCGAAUACGUAGACCCCGGCGUAUUCUAG